AAAGAGUAGGGCGGAUGAAUGGUUCCGUGGUCAGGAGCCAUGGCGGGUGGUUGAUGCUUUGACCCGACAAUACCUUCACCUCUUCACAGCCAUUCUCUGUUGAAGUGUGUCACAGGUGCCCAUCUCGAGCACCUCGACGCAAGUCAUUCCACGCGGACGAAUACAAACAGCUCGUCUUACCGUACCUAGCAGGUGUCGUCUUCGCAUUUCGGAGACUGAUGCACAGCCUUUCCCUAGCUUGUACAUUCGUAUCAAAUUUCCCGUGAGUUGCGUUUCGUCUGCUAUUUAUAGCCAGCGUCUUAGAUUUGGCAAAUGUUGGUAGCGUCUUAGAUUUGGCAAAUGUUGGUUCUAAGGUUUGCAUCCCGCGUAGUCGCGUCAAGAUCCGGUGACGUUCUCGCGGGAUCGCCUCAGCAUCAUGGGGUCUGCCUUGUCUCUCCCCUUCAGCCUCCACUCCCCCUCUCACCGUCACGACCAGAAAUCAGCCACGCGCUCCCGCCACCGGUCGGGUUCCAGAUCGCCACCCAUGCCCAGGGAAUCUCGCAGCUCCAGGUCGGACGGCCGAGAUUCGCCAGGGCUGUGGGUCGGUAACGACGGUAGGAAGGUCAGGAAACGGAAGAAACGCGGGAGCUUUCUUCGGUUGUUUUGUUGCCGAAGCGGCGGCAGCCGAGGUUCCGUUGCUGACGUCAGCUCCAUCACCAGUUCCCCGGUCCCGGACGGCGGCCGUCUGAAUGUAACGGCAUCCGGCAGACCGAACGUAGAGUCGUCAGUGCAUCCAGAGAGCGCGACAGAUGUGGAGACGUCUCAAAAGACGUCUGGCCGGUGGCUGCUGGAUAGCGGCUUCCUGGAACAAUCGUCGCACGCGUCGUUGUCAGUGUCGCAACACCAGUCGCAUGCGUCGCAGGCAAUUCCGCCGUUGUCGCAUGCCAGCAGCUGCGAUGUCGCUCAUGCCCCCUCCUUCGGCCAGCAGGGUAUCGGCGAUCCAGCAGGCGACAUCAUCGAGGAAGAGAUUUCGCAAAAUCCUGGUCCAUGCGAAGCAUGCGACGUUCGCGAGCUGUGCGAACCCGUUCGUCCACUGGAGGAAGCGGGCUGUGCGGAGGCAGCGAUAGUAGGAGCUGAAUUGGUCCAAAGGGGUGCGACCCGCGAGGAAGAGAGUCAUAGGGAAAGGGACGGGGAGAGCGACAGAGAGGGGGAAGGGAAGAAUGACGGGUUGAACGAUAACGAGGGGUUGACGGGGCCGUUUAUAACGGGGGAGCCGUGCGAGCAGCGGCGUAGGAGCCCGUCCCCCGAGGGGAUAGAUGGUGCGAGCAUGGCGCCCGGGAGAAGCUUUGAGCUGAGGACAGAGAAGUCGGAGGAUGAAGAGCCGUGCGAGCAGCGGCGACGAAGGAGCCCGACCCCCGAGGCGAUCGACGUGAUGAGCCUCACGCCUGGGGGAGUCUUAGAGCCGACUCAGGAGUCGGGGGACGGGGGACGAUGGGAGCAGCGGCGACGGAGCCCGACCCCCGAGGCGAUCGACGUGAUGAGCCUGCUGCAGGGGCUGAGCGACGGGGAGGGGGAGGAGGAGGUGGGAGGCGAUGCGGAUGGGGAGGGGGAUGGGGAGGCGGAUGGGGAGGCGGACGGGGAGGUGGGUGCGGAAGCGGAUGAGGUGGGGGAAUGCGAUGGGGAGGAGGGUGAGGUGGGGGGUGUGGUGGUUGGGGAGGGGGGUGAGGGUGGGGGGGUUGAGGUGGGAGGAAAGGCGGAUGGGGAGAAGGGUGAGGUGGGAGGAGAAGCGGAGGCUGAGGGGGAACAAGUGUUGACUAGUGGUACAGGGCACGAGCAUGGGGUGCUCUUGAGUCGAUUCAGAAGCGGGCACGAGCAGCGGGGAGAGUUUCCUCCACACGGGGCGAGCUUCGGUAGGGAGAGUCAACCGGCGACUAUUGAGUCGACUCAAAAGUCACCUCGUCACAAUGUCAUGCAACUCAAAGGCGGUCACGAGCAGCAGGGAGAACUGGCUGAGUUGCCUGAGUUUUCUCCACAUGGGGCUGGCUUCACUAGGGAGAGUCAACCGCCCCUGGCAUUGCGCGCUGCCCCUUAUAUCGGCACUGUGGAUGAUAGCAGCGCUGUAGCGUCGCCCUGUGCCGUAACGGAGUGUAGCACUGUAACGGGUUUGAGCUCUAUCGCGGAUUCGAGCUCCGUGGCUUGCUCGACCACUGCCACGCCGAAGAAAGACGAGAGAGGGAGGAAAGACGAGGGGGGGAGGAAAGGCGAGGGGGGGAGGAAGGACUAUGACCAGGCGGGAGAUAGGGCGCACGGUGGCAAGGGGGGGGAUAGGGCGCAGGGUGGCAAGGCACAGGAGGGCAGGGUUGGAAGUAUCGCUCAGAAAAGAGUCGGUUACUCACACGUGGUCCCCAUUUUUAGCAACCCAAUUUUCUCUCCGCAUGGCGUUGCCGCGCGUGACGGUGUGGGAGGUGCGAGACUGGGAAGCGUGAGAGUGAGAGGCGGCGGAGGAGGGGAAGGUGGUGCAAUGGGUGGGUUAGAGGAGGGGGGCGAGGCUUUUUUGGACGUGGCGUGUUUGGAGGAGAGCGUGCAGUCUAACGAUGUGGAGGUGGAAGGGGUGGGGAGGAGGAGGAGCAGGGGAGGGGCGGAAGAGAGUGCGGUGGAGUGGGGAGGAGGGGGCGAGGGGAAGGAGGAGGUUGAUGGAGGGACGGGUGGGGAGAGUCAGUUGAAGGGGGGGAGAGGGGAGACGGGAGAGGAGGCGGCUGGGGAUUUGAAGAAGGGGGAGGGAGUGGCGGAGGGGGAGGGAGUGGCGGAGGGGGAGGGAAUGGCGGAGGGGGAGGGAGUGGCGGAUGGGGAAGGAGUAGAGGAUAGGGGGGGAUUUGAUGGUCGGGAGAUUGUGGAGGAGGGGGAGGGACCGGAGGGUGAGGGAGGAAUGAGGCACGAUGGCUCGAAAUCCGGGAAGAACGAGGAGGGGGAAGGGGGUGGGACAAGCGGGGAGGGGGAAGAGCAUGGGAGAAGCGGGGAGGGGGAAGAGCAUGGGAGAAGCGGGGAGGGGGAAGAGCAUGGGAGAAGCGGGGAGGGGGAAGAGCAUGGGAGGAGUGGGGAGGGUGGGGGAUGCAGUGGGGUGGAGAGAGGGACAGGAGAGGGGAUGCAAGAUGGUGGGGAUGCAGGGAGAGGGGGAGGAGGGGAGAGCGGGAAAGGGAGCAAGGAGGGGGUUGAGGGAGAAGGGGGAGAGGAAGGGAGGAAAGAGAGGGAGGGGGAAGCAGGUGGGUGGGGAGGGGAUGAGAGGAGGGUGUCCGCUGUCCGCUGCCAUGCCUGUUCCCUGCCCUUGCCUAAUACAAAGGACCAAUCGAGGAGGGUGGAGCAGGCACUUGGCGGGAAAGGUGGGAAGGGCAGGUACUGGGGGCUGGUGAGCAUGAGUGUGCUGUCUUGGCUGGGAGACGAGGUGCAGACGGAGGGAGUGAGGGAGGGAGUGAGGGAGGAAGUGAGGGAGGGAGUGAGGGAGGAAGUCAGGGAGGAAGUCAGGGAGAGAGUGAGGGAGGGAGUGAGGGAGGGAGUGAGGGAGGGAGUGAGGGAGGAAGUAAGGGAGGGAGUGAGGGAGGAAGUGAGGGAGGAAGUCAGGGAGAGAGUGAGGGAGGGAGUGAGGGAGGGAGUGAGAGAGGAAGUGAGGGAGGAAGUGAGGGAGGAAGUCAGGGAGAGAGUGAGGGAGGGAGUGAGGGAGGGAGUGAGGGAGGAAGUGAGGGAGGAAGUGAGGGAGGGAGUGAGGGAGGAAGUCAGGGAGGAAGUCAGGGAGAGAGUGAGGGAGGGAGUGAGGGAGGGAGUGAGAGAGGAAGUGAGGGAGGAAGUCAGGGAGAGAGUGAGGGAGGGAGUGAGGGAGGGAGUGAGGGAGGAAGAGGCUGGGAGGGAGGACAUGCAGGGAGCAGCAACGCAAAUGCAUCAAGAGCUGGAGGCGCAAGGAAAGUGUGUGGCAGGGGCGGGGAUUCAUCAGCGCGAAUCUCUGCUGGGGCACAGGCAAGGUGUGGCAGGAGCGGCAACGCAAGUGUCUUUUGAGUCGACUCAAAAUACACGAGUACAUAAAGGGCUGGAGGCGCAAGGAAAGAGUGUGGCAGGGGCGGUGGCGCAUGUGCAUGUGCAUGCUUUUCUGGAGGAGCAAGGGGGAGGCGUGGCAGGAGCGGUAAUGCAUGAAGGUGUGCGACGAGAGGAGGAGGAGGAGGACGGGGAGGAGGAUGAGGAGGAGGAUGGGGAGUUCAGUACUCUCCUGGCGAGCAGCACAGGGGCUGGGGCUGAAGCGCAAGGGCGGGGCGAGGAGGGCUCUGUGUCGACUCUAGUGCACAGGCAGGAUGAGGAGGAGAACGGUUUGAUCUCCCUACUUGAGAGCAGCGGGGUGGCGCUGGUGCGUGAGGGAUUGGAAGUGGAUGAGGCAGCUGAGGAACAUGCUGGAUUCACUCCCCUCUUGGAGAGCAGCAGACGGGCCAUGAGCCGAAUAGAGGAGGCGUGGAGAGAGGGCGUGGGGGCGAGGAGUGGGGGGAGUGUGGUUGUGAUUGGAGUCAAGGAGGGGGGGGAGGAAGGGGAUGACCUAGGCGCUACUUCAAGGCACGUCAAGGGUGGUAGAUUCAAGGGGGAGGAAGAGAAACGAAUAGUUUCUGACACAGCUGGAAAUGGGGAAGCGGAGGAGAAGGACGAGGAGGAGGACGAGGAUUACCUAGUCUCUUCUUCAAGGCGCAUCGAGGCUAGCAGCGGCUGUGAGGGAGAGCAGCAGAGAGAGCGAACCCUGUUUGACCCAGAGCUACUCGCCUCGAUGGAGGACGUCUUUACGCGCCAUAGUGCUGCUGACUGGUCCAAGGUCACCCCUCCCAUCAGCCCUGAAAAAGCCGACUGUACGCGGGAAGCUAUUGGUUCUGGGCAGGAGGAUGAUAGAGGCGGGAAGCAGGCACGCCCAGCACAGGCAUCAGCCCCAGCACAGGCAUCAGCCCCAGGAGGAGAUAUUUCAGGUGCAGCGCAGGAUGGAGUGUGUCUUGAGGCGACUCUGAAGCCGCCUUCUUUUGAAAAGGUUCCAAACCUAGACAGAGUGCCGAGCCUAGACAGAGUGCCGAGCCUAGACAGGGUGCCAAGCCUAGACAGAGUGCCCAGCCUGGACAAAGUGUGGGUUGCAACAGAUUUGCCAAUGUCAGAGAAUGCGUUAAGUGUACAGAAUGCACCGAGCCUAGAGAUGCCGAGCCUCGGGAUGCCAAACGUAGAUUUUCCAAGCCUAGAUAUGCCAAGCCUGGAGAUGCCGGGCCUAGAGAUGCCGAGCCAAGAGAAGGUGCCAAGCCCAGAGGAGUGCACGAGUCCCAAGCGGCCUCCCAGCCCCAGGUGUGGAGUGAAGAACCUCACAAGCCCCUAUAAGCACAUAAGCCCUUAUAAGCACAUUAGCCCUUACAAGCACAUUAGCCCCAACAAGCACAUAAGCCCUUACAAGCACACGAGCCCUUACAGUCACAGCGGCCCGUUAAACGACAGCGGCCCAUUAAACCUCAUAAGUCCGUACAAGCGCAGCCACCCCUACAAGCACAGACGCCUACAGUCAGACAUGUCUGGCAGCCAAAGCCUGCACGGACCUUUCCAGUCUCCCUCCAACAGCGGUCAUUCUCGCGCUUCCCCACAUGCUGCUGCUGCUGCUGCUGCUGCCGCCGGUGCUGCCAGCGCUGCCGGUGCUGCUUCUGCUGCUGUUGCACCUGCUGCUUCUGCACACGACAGUGGUGCUCACUAUCCGUAUGACUCCAGGAGUCCCUUUCCCCACCGCAGCCCCUACACUCAGGGCAGCCCAUACAAGCACAGGCGCCUACAGUCAGACGUGUCUGCAAGCCAGAGCACACAAGCAACCUCCGAGGAGUCCCACUCUGCUGCACAUGAGUCCAGCAGCCCCCUCCGACGUGACAGUGGCGCGCCCUACUACCAGCAUGACUCCGGGAAUCUCCCUCCCCACAGCAGCAGCGCCUUCACUCAGGGCAGCCCAGGCAGGCUGCUUUACCUCUCUAUAAGCAGCCUCCGUUUCAGUGCCGGCUCUGCUUCUGCCGCUGCAAGGCCCGAUGGCUCUGACAGCGGUGGCAGUGGUGGUGGCGUUGGUGGUGCCAUUGGUGGGGGGGAUUCUGCCGGUGCUUCUGGUGGUGCCGCUGCUGCUGCUGCUGGUGGCGCCAGCUGGAGGGUUGGAGUGAGUGCUGCUUCCCUGCGGCGACUGCUCUCCUCCCCUGCCCUGGAUACUGGUGGGGAGAGGGGCGAUGCGGGGCCUGCAGCUGUGGGCCAUGGAGGGGAGAGGGGAGAUGUGGGGCGUGCUGUGGUGCGUCAUGGUGGGAUGACAGGGGAAGUGGGGGGAGAGGCGCGGACAGCAGGGGCAGGCGAGAGGGGAGAAGCCGCAGUUUUUGUUGAGGGAGCUGUUAGGGGGGCAGGAGGGUCGGAUCCUGCCACGUGUCAAAGUAAGAGAGGAGAAGCGGUGGAGUGCGAGGAAGCAGCAGCAGUGGGGCGUGCAGGAGGAUCGAAUCUUGCGAUGUUUCAAAGCAAGAGAGGGGAAGCGGUGGAGUGUGGGUCAGCAGCAGUAGUGGGUAGAGUGGGCUUGGGCGGAGAGGCGCUAGGGAGGGGGGGAGAAUCAGGAGCGGAAGAGCCACCUGUGGGAGGCAGGGAUGGCAACUGUGGCGGAGCCGUGCAUCGCUCCCCCUGUAGCAGCGAGGGAAAUGCAACAGCAGCAGGCGCCCCAGGGGAAGGAGAGCAAAUGAGACGCGGGGAGCCCAGGGAAGAGACGGGGCUAGGGGAGGUUGUUGGUGGGGUACCGAGUGCAGAGCACACAGCAGCAGCGCUGGGAGCAGCAUUACCAGCACCAAUGGCAGCACCAAUGGCAGCAAUAAAGGCAGCAACAAAGGCAGCACCAAAUGCAGCACCAAAUGCAGCACCAAAUGCAGCAACAAAUGCAGCACCGAUUGCCUCAGCAGAGCUAUCAGCAGAGGCACAGGCAGCAGCAGCAACGCAUGCUCUUUUGUCCGCAUUUGAGAGGAGGUGUCCGCCGGGGGGGGAGAGGGGGGUGGUGCUGUAUGUGACGACGCUGAGGGCAGUGCGGCGCAACCAUGAGGCGUGCUGCGCCGCCAGACAGACACUCAAGGCAUACGGAGUACCCUUUCACGAGAGGGACGUGUCUCUGCAUCUGCCCUACCGCCACCAGCUGAGGGCCCUGCUGGGGCGCUCGUCCCUGUCAGUGCCGCACCUCUUUGCCGCCGGGCGCUACCUCGGCGGCAAUGCUGCUGUGCUGCGGCUGAGGGAUGAGGGGCUCCUGCUCCCGCUGCUCGCUGCUGCUCUGGAUGCUGCUGCUGCUGCUGUGGCAGGGGGGGCAAGCGAAGGAGGAGAAACAGCAGCAGGAGCAAUGGCAGCAUGCGCAGCAGCAGCAGUGGCAACAGCAACAGGAGCAGCGGCAGGAGAAGCAACAGCAGUUGUGGCAAGAGGAGGAGAAUCUGCAACGCACAGAGCCAUUGAGGGAGCAGCAGUGGCCUCAACAUCCGAUUGUUCAGGGGCAGCAGCACAGGCAGGAGGAGUAUUUCCGGAAGCAGCAGCAGCAGCUGCUGCUGAUUUUGCGUCUGUUGAUACUGCUGCUGCAGCAGCGGUGGCCUCAGAAACAGCACCUAAUGCUGCCUGUGCAUUGACGACUAAAGCCCCUGGAGAUGCAGCAGACACCGCUUGCUGUGCCACUCUUAGCAGUAUAACGCAAGUCACUGUAAGUGGCAUCAGUCAGAGCAACACCGGAUUGGCGGGGAGUGGUCCUGAGGUGCCGCAACAACCGCCCCAACAGCCAAGAGGCAACUCAGAAGUCGCUGAUCAAACUAUUGGCACUCUCAACCACAGGGACGCAAGACUGGCAGGGGAUGAGAAUUCCCGUGGCAUGACUGGCCCUGCUGUGACUGGUCCUGCUGUGACUCGUCCUGCUGUGACUGCAUCUGCUGUGGCUGCCUCUGCUGUGGCUGCGUCUGGUGUGGCUGGCAGCUCGAGGGUAAGAAGGGCACUGUUUCACAGCAGCACAGGGGGUGCGCCUGCUAAUAACAGUAGUGCCAGCAACAACGCUGCUGCUCGGGGUGCUUAUGGCAAUCUCACGGCUGCAGGCUCUUUUGCCGUGGCUGCAGAUGCUGCUGGUACGGCAGUGUACUCUGGCUGCUACGGCAGCAGCUGUGGCAGCAACAGUGUGCUCAGCGGAGGUGCAUCUGGGGAAGGUUGUAGAGGCGUUUCCGGGGAAGGUACAUCUGGGGAAGCCUAUGGAGGUCCGUCGGGGGAAGGUACUUGUGCAGGAGUCUAUAAAAGUACAUUCGGGGAAGGUACAUCUGGGGACGGCUAUGGGGGUACAUCUGGGGACGGCUAUGGGGGUACAUCUGGGGACGGCUAUGGGGGUACAUCUGGGGACGGCUAUGGGGGUACAUCUGGGGACGGCAGCAGCAGCAUGGGAUCUGCUGCACUCUUUCCACCCCGCUCCCUCUCCUGCAAUUCAGCUGCUGUCGGUGACCUGGCGAAUGCUGCAGCCGCCAGCUGUGCUGCUGUCGGUCCAGGUGGCAGUGGCGGUGGGAUGAGCCGUGCCAUGUCAGCACGUGUGCUCAAUGUCACCGCCUGUCGUGUUGCUACCAAAAUACAUGCGAGGCAGAAGCGCCGAGCGUGCUUGACUUGCGAUGGGCUGCAGUCGUUGAUUUGUACACUGUGUGGGGGCAGUCGGGAGGUGCUAUCUGGGGACGGGUGGAGCUUCAGGAAAUGCAUGCAUUGUGAUCCCCAGGGCAGAAUAACCUGCCCUAGGUGUAGAGAUCUGUAGACUUAUGUACAUGUGGGGGCAGUUGGGAGGUGUUAUCUGGGGAUGGAAGGUCGCGGCGACGAUGCUUGGAUUGUAGUCCUCCGCAGGGCAGAAUAAUUUGCCCUAGGUGUAGAGAUCUGUAGACCAUGUUUAUCUGUAUAUGCGGGGACAGUUGGGAGGUGAGAAUGGUGUUGUGGCACUGGGAUAGCCCUGUCGAACCUCUUCCCUCUCUAGAGUUAGGCUUCACAUAUCCACUUUCCCCAGGGAAAGCCUCCCUAGUAC